GCUUUUAAUUUCUUAUAGGCAAAAGUUCCUCCAUUUCCUCCUCUCUUUCGUAACAACCUAUUAAAAAAGAGGUUUUCAUGGCUUCACUGCUUUUGGCUUUCAACACCCAGAAAAGAACUCCACCACCUCUCUCUAAAGGUCUCUUGCCAAGAUACAACCCCAGCAAACCUAAAUCUCUGUCUCUUCUAAACAAACCCUUUUCACCAAAUUCUAAAACUCUCAAGAUCAAAGGCUCUUCUGUAUCAAGUGCUUUAACUCCACAACUAUACGAAACCCUAGUUAAUCAAGAAGACGAGAGGCCUCUUAGCGAAAUUUGGAAGGAAAUUCAAGGCUGCAAUGACUGGGAAGGACUCCUGGACCCAAUGAAUUCCCAUCUCCGCAAAGAAAUCAUUCGUUAUGGAGAAUUUGCACAAGCAUCCUACGAUUCUUUCGAUUUUGAUCCUCACUCUAAGUAUUGUGGCUCAUGCAAAUACCGAGGAGCUCAGUUCUUUGAAAAGUUGGAUAUGCAAGGCCAUGUUAAGUACCAAAUAAGCAGAUAUCUCUAUGCAACUUCAAAUAUUAACCUGCCAAAUUUCUUUCAAAAAUCUAAGCUAAGCAGAGUUUGGAGCACACAUGCGAACUGGAUGGGGUACGUUGCUGUCACGACAAAUGAAGAAGAGAUCAAACGGCUAGGGAGGCGCGACAUAGUCGUUGCAUGGAGAGGUACAGUCACAUAUCUUGAAUGGAUUUAUGAUCUCAAAGAUAUCCUUUGCGUGGCCAAUUUCACAAAUGAUCCAUCCAUCAAGAUUGAGUUGGGUUUUUAUGAUUUGUAUACCAAGAAAGAGAAUUCUUGCAAGUACUGCACAUUCUCAGCUCGCGAACAAGUUUUGGCCGAGAUUAAGCGGCUUCUUGAUUACUACAGAGGUGAAGAAAUUAGUAUUACCAUCACGGGGCAUAGCCUCGGGGCGGCUUUGGCUACUUUAAGUGCUUAUGAUAUUGCAGAGAUGAGACUUAAUUACAUGGAUGAUGGGGAGUAUAGGACUAAAAUCCCUAUCACCGUCUACUCUUUCUCGGGUCCUCGUGUGGGAAAUCUUAAAUUCAAGGAACGGUGCGAUGAGCUCGGGGUUAAGGUGCUGAGGGUGAUCAAUGUGCAUGAUAUGGUACCAAACGUGCCAGGGAUGAUUGCUAAUGAGAAAUUACAGUUCCAAAGAUACAUAGAAGACAAUAUGUCAUUUCCUUGGAGCUACGCGCAUGUUGGGGUGGAACUUGCAUUGGAUCACACCCAUAGCCCGUUUCUAAAGCCUACUAAAGAUCUCGGUUGCGCACAUAAUCUUGAAGCUCAUUUACACUUGGUGGAUGGCUACCAUGGCAAAGGCCAGCGAUUUUGCUUGGCGACAAAAAGGGAUAUCGCCCUUGUUAACAAAAGUUGCGACUUCUUGAGGAGGGAGUAUGGGGUGCCACCGUAUUGGCGGCAAGAUGAGAACAAAGGGAUGGUGAGAAAUGCUGACGGCCGGUGGAUUUUGCCAGAGAGGCCCAGAGCAGACGCUCAUCCAGCAGACACGGCACAUCACGUUGAACAAGUGCUCAAGAAUAUCGCUGGUUCUUCUCAGAUGGAGGCUCUAUGAGUAUUGAUGCUAGUAGUGACUAAAUUGAAUGUGCUUGUUUGUCAUCUUCAUUUUAGUGUGCUAUCAUGAAGUACUGUCCUUGUCCUAUAAUAUCCUAUGAGGUCCAUUAAGGGCCAUGGUGUUUAAUUUGCAGGGUUCAAGGUCAAAACCUGAGGAUAAAUUUUGCUGACUUUUCUGAGUCAUGCGUGACAAAUCACAUCACCUUCAAUCUUAUUGUAUUAUAUAUAUGGCCCGAAAUAAUCCCUACUCUAGGCGCUUUUAGUGAACAUGUUAUUAAUUCAUUUUCUUUGAUUUUUGAGAUAUUAGUGAAUGUAAUCCUUAUGUGUUAAUAUAAAUCACCACAUGAA